UCUCGCCCAAGCGUAUCCGGUUUUGAUUCUGGCUGUAACGGCGGUGCGGCAGCGAAGCUUAUUUUGCUAUUUCUUUUUCUUAAUUAACAUAUUGGUGAAGUGUACCAUCCGUCCACUGUCAUCGUUUAACGAUGGACAGUAUUUUUAGUGUCUCUGCUUGUGUUGUUGACGUUGUUACUUCCAGAGUCUCGGUGAGUUAGCAUUUCUGCUAAUGGGCUAUUUAAAACCACUGGUGGUUUGUUAACGUUGACUUGGCUCGGGACUGACAGGAUGGAAAUUAUUAACUUGCCUCCAAACUUGAUCAUUUAGAAACGCGCGCGAUGCUAGUCACCAACGUUACGCCAGUUAAAUUAGUAGGUUGCUUGUAGAUAAAGUCGGAGUUAUAUCAUUGUAGACAUAUAAAAGCCUGUUUAGUUCUGGAUUAGCAGUUGGAAGAUAAGGAGAAUAUGAGAUAAUGAUACCGGAUGUCAUUGAAUCCACUGUGGCCGUAAUGUCAGCCCUGUGCUUGUCAACGUGUCACAUAAGAGGUGUGCAUUGUCAAAACCUGCAGUAACCUGAGAUGGUUUCGUCGCAUGAAGCGUUUACUGAAAUCUGACGGAACAAAAACAUUCCAUUUUGUUUGUUUGAAGUUUCGCUCGAAGAUGUAGAUGGAGCUCGUAUCGACUAAACCCCUUCUACUGAUGCUUCCUCGGACAGCUGGUUUGGUUUUGGGAUCCCCAUGUCAUUAAGCUCGUAGUUUUAUGAAUUAGUCACUUCAGGUACCCGGUUAUGUGACCGCGACCCCUUCACAUUGAGACACGAGUGUUGUGUGUUGCGACAAUUUUGCCUGUCGACCACCAUGUCGCCUGUACUGUUCACCCUGAUUCUGCUUGGAGGAUUCUAUAGCCUCGGGCAAGCGAUGUCUCAGGAUGAAAAGCUGAAGUUGAGGAACCAAGUAGUUGAGAUGUUUGACCAUGCAUAUCAGAAUUACAUGGACCAUGCAUACCCAGCAGAUGAGCUGAUGCCUCUAACCUGUAGAGGAAGAGUACGAGGUUUGGAACCGAGCCGAGGGGAUGUGGAUGAUGCUUUGGGAAAGUUUUCACUGACUUUAAUUGACACCCUGGAUACUUUGGCGCUUUUGAACAAGACAACAGAGUUUGAAGCUGCAGUGCGACGAGUCCUCUCAGAUGUCAGGUUGGACAAUGACAUUGUUGUGUCAGUCUUUGAAACCAACAUCCGGGUCCUUGGAGGUCUGUUAGGAGGACACUCUAUGGCUUUGAUGUUAAAGGAGGGUGGUCAACACAUGCAGUGGUACCAGGAUGAACUUCUUCACAUGGCUAAGGAUCUUGGACUUCGUCUUCUGCCUGCUUUUAACACCAGCAGUGGCCUUCCUUACCCCAGGGUGAAUCUCAAGUAUGGUGUCAGAGGUCCGGAGACCAGAACUGGAACCGAGACGGAUACUUGUACAGCUUGUGCCGGAACUAUCAUCCUGGAGUUUGCUGCCUUAAGUCGCUUUACUGGUGACCCUGUGUUUGAGGCUCAUGCCAGAAGAGCGCUAGACUUCUUAUGGGAGAAGAGACAGAGGAACAGCAACCUGGUGGGAACAACCAUCAACAUCCAUUCUGGGGAAUGGGUGCGCAGGGAUAGUGGUGUUGGUGCAGGCAUUGACUCAUAUUAUGAAUACCUGCUGAAGGCCUAUGUCCUCUUGGGGGAUGACCAGUUUCUGCAGCGGUUCAACAUUCACUACGCAUCCAUCAUGAAGUACAUCAGUCAACCGCCUCUUCUGUUGGAUGUCCACAUUCACAAGCCUUUGCUUCCGGCACGGACCUGGAUGGACUCUCUCCUUGCCUUCUUUCCAGGAUUACAGGUGUUAAAGGGUGAUAUCCGCCCAGCCAUUGAGACUCAUGAAAUGCUGUACCAAGUCACCAAGAAGCAUAACUUCCUUCCAGAGGCCUUUACCACUGAUUUCAGGGUACACUGGGCUCAGCAUCCCCUCAGACCAGAGUUUGCAGAGAGCACCUAUUUCCUCUAUAAGGCCACUGGAGACCCGUACUACCUGGAGGCCGGCCGCACUAUCUUGGACAACCUCAAUCGCUUUGCUAGGGUUCCCUGUGGCUUUGCUGCGAUGAAGGACGUACGCACUGGAAGUCACGAGGACCGGAUGGACUCCUUCUUCCUCGCUGAGAUGUUUAAAUACCUUUUUCUGCUGUUUGCUGAUGUGGAGGAUCUGCCCUUCGAUGUGGAGGACUACAUCUUUACAACCGAGGCGCACCUUCUGCCUCUUUCCCUCUCCACGGCUCCACACGCCUCUGUACCCUCGAACAUGACGACCAAGGAAGAGCUGGAUGACUCAAACUUCGACUGGACCUGUCCCAAUACACGCCUGCUGUUCCCUGAUCCAGCUUUCCCACGUAAUUUAAGGGAACCAAUUCGUAGUGCAGUGGAUAAGAGCUGCCCUCGUCUCGCGCCCUACAGAGAGCCUGGUAUGGGUGCUCCCCCGCUGAGGGCUCAGGACUUCAUGGCUAACAACCCUGAACACCUCGAGCUGCUGAGGAGGAUGGGUGUCAGUUUGAUCCACCUCAAAGAUGGCAGGGUUCAGCUGGUGCAGCAUGCCACACAGGCAGUGAGCGCUGUAGCGGCCGAAGAUGGCGUUCGUUUCAUGCAGGAGAUGAUGGAGCUCUCCAGCCAGCAGCAGAAAGAGCAGCUGCCUCCCAGAGCCAUCCAGAUCGUCUCACAUCCGUUCUUUGGCAGGGUAGUUCUGACAGCAGGCCCGGCUCAGUUUGGCACUGACUUGUCAAAAAGUUCAACAGGGGUACGAGGCUUUGUGACGAUAGCUGAGCCGUACUCCGGCUGCAGCGAGAUCACCAACGCUGAAUAUGUCCAGGGCACCAUUGCCCUUCUCCAGAGGGGGCAGUGUAUGUUUGCGGAGAAAGCUCGUCAAAUCCAGAAGGCGGGCGCCAUCGGGGGGAUCGUGAUCGAUGACAACGAAGGCAGCAGCAGCGACACGGCCCCUCUGUUUCAGAUGGCGGGGGACGGCCGCAGCACCGGUGAUGUCACCAUACCCCUCCUCUUCCUCUUUCACAAGGAGGGCAACAUCCUGCUGGAGGCGCUGAAGGAGUACAGGGAGGUGGAGGUUCUGCUGAGUGACAAGGCACGAGAUCGAGCCACCAUAUUCAAAGGUAAACAUCUUCCUGGCAGCCUGAUAGAAGGCAGUGUUGAAGUCCAAGCAGAAACAGAGAGCUGCAGCACUGAAGCAACAACUAGCAACUCUUUUGAACCUGUCAUCCAAACCAAAAUAGUUACAGGUGAUCCAGAGAAAUCUGUGGAUGAGGAGGUUAGUCCAGUGGAGGAGGACACCAGUCCAGUAGAGGAGCCCCCUCCUCCUCCUCAAGAGGUUGACAGUCCCAUAGAGCCUGAUGUGGAUUCAAAACAGUUGCCAGGGGAGCAGGACUCUGAGAAGCCGGAGGAAGCAAAAGGAGAUUCAGACUCUGGCAGUCAGUCAGUGGAUCAAAUGCUUGCAGAUUGGCAAGACGACUUGGAAGCGUUUCAGCAGAUGGAGAAAGACGAACUCUGACACUAGCGGGACACUUCAGGGUCUGUGACUUCAGUGACACUAUCAAACACUGUUUAAUAUUUCCCUGUCAAAAAAAACCUUCCACUUCCUUUCCUGCCAUCUGUGAAUGACAUGAAGUGCCAAAGCAGUUAACCCUACUGUAUGUCUGGACCUUAUCGUGUCCAUGUCCGGGAAAGAUGAACAAAAGCCCAGGCUUUUACCUCACUGAACCCACUGUCUGAACUGAGAAUGAAGGACCAGGCUGCUUCUGCUCUUUUAACAUACCCGUUUGUCUAUGCAUUCUGGCUCCUCUGAAUCAAAACGUUCCAACAAACUGUUUAAUCGGUCGAUUUUAAAGAGAACCAUGUGAUAGAAGUGUUUUGGGGGGGAGGGGAUGGGUUGAAUGAUUUCUAACUAAGAGUGAUUAAAGGGCUUGCUUCUUGGGUUUGUUGCAGAAUGGUCAUCAUGUUUACCAAUUUGGGGGACACGCCCGCUCACCACGCGCUGUGUAUAUAUAUAUGUAAUUGUUCAUCUAUAUGGACUGAACCAAAAUGCUGCACUGUUUACUCAGGUGCUGGUUCCUCCCAAAAACCGAAAAUCACCUCUGGAGCAGAGUGGGCGGGGCAGAGUCACCCGAGCUCCUCGUCUGUGGCGAUUUGACUUUUGAUGUUUGCCACAGGAGGGCGCUACUUGACAUGACUUGAUGAACUGGCACAAAUAAGCCAAUAAAUUAACAUGGUGGAAGAUUAAUAAAAUGAUGUGGGCUUGUGUCGGUCAUUGAGACUUUGUAUGUGUCGUGUCCAGCCGCUGUUUCAUGAAUGCGGCUGUGUAUUGACGUGGAGUUAUACGAAGAGCGGCAGAAUGUGCAGUGUAAUAGAAAAUCCUUAAUUUUCAUUUAGCACCCGAUCGAGUCAGGCCAUCCAUCUGUCAUGCGUCCUCCCUCAGCUUAUCCCGAUCAGGGUCACACUGGCGGGGGCCAGAGGUUAACGGUCUGCAGCACCACACUGUACCCAGCAGUUGUCUAAAUGAUUCCGUUGUGUUCUGGUUUUUUGACGGAACCAGAUUAAAUUAAAAUAGAACGCCCGCAUUUACAUUUAUAUCACGACUGACGUCAUUGUUGAAUGAUGCCUCGUUAAUACUGCGCAGCCACACUCUAAAAUACAUUUUCAUAUUUUAAUAAACUGUGUAAUUAACUGGAUACAGUAUGAAAAGGAGGAGCCCUGUGUUCGAUCCCUCAAAUCGGAUUUCAUUGAUUGAAAUUUGUUGAA